GUAGCUAUUCUCGGCAAUGGAUCAUGUCAUUUAUACACAAAAAGGUACAACCAAUGAGACGUCGCCAAUUUUGCCGCCCGAAUUCAUUUGACCCGUUAAGCUGUGGGUGUUCUCUGCUGUUCUGGUGUAACGGGUUGUCUGUGCUUUUGGACGCUGAAGGUCGUGCUACUGAAGGAAUCAUCGUCGCGCUAGUGAACACUGUGAAGCAUUCUCGUUAACUGCGGAACGGAAAGUGGAGGGAACGUUUUCGCCUGCUUCAACCGAAAAGCGGGAAACCAAGCGCAGCGAUAACCGCUGCCUUCCGAUGAAGCCACUGCACACAUCAUGGAAACAACGCAAGGCGACGAGACACGCUGCGGUGGCGACACCGCCUCGGGAGACUUCUCAGAUCAAAGCGCGUCUGCGCAAGCAUGCCACGUCAACGCCCUGUCAGGCAGCACCGUUGGAGUCCGGCCUGUCGCCCAUCACUGGUGCAUCGUGCGCAGCUGUUGCGUCCACAGAGGAGGAUAGUGAAGAUUCCUUGGACCUAGGCCAGUGGGGUCUCCCGGCCGAGGUGGUGGCUGGCUAUGCUCGCCGUGGUGUCCAGCGCAUGUUUCCCUGGCAGCUCGAGUGCCUGGGCACUGGCAAGGUGAUCUCUGGUGCAGGAAACCUCGUCUACUCUGCUCCAACAAGUGCUGGCAAGACCCUUGUGGCUGAAAUCUUGAUGCUGAAGCGCAUCCUUGAGACAAAGACCAAGGCCUUCCUCGUGCUCCCGUUUGUCUCACUCGCCCGGGAGAAGGAGCUCGUGUUAGCCGAGCUGUUUGGAGGCUGUGGUGUGCGUGUGGGUGGCUUCCUAGGCCAGCGUCGACCGCCGGGUGGCCUCUCUGGUGUCGACCUGGCCGUCUGCACCAUUGAACGUGCAAACAACCUACUCAAUGGGAUGCUGCUCGAUCAGGGUACCCUGAGUGAACUAGGCAUCCUGGUGGUUGACGAACUACACCUGGUGGGGGAUGCCCACCGAGGCUACCUUCUUGAAUUGAUGCUCACAAAGGUGGCCUAUGCACAGAAGAGAGGCCUGGUGGGAUCUCAGGGUGUUCAAGUGGUGGCCAUGAGUGCCACCCUUGCCAACCUCUCCGCUCUGGCAGGAUGGCUCAGCGCUGACCUCUACCAGACAGACUUCCGUCCUGUGCCUCUGCGGCAGCUGUUCAAGCUGGGCCAGGAUUUGUGCGAAGGUGCCAACCUUCGACCUGUCCAACGCCUGCCGGCUGGGGCAUCUGAUGACCCAGAGGGCCUGCUUGCACUCUGCCUAGAGAGUUGGGCCGAGGGUCAUGCGCUGCUCGUGUUCUGCCCGACACGGCGCUGGUGCGAAGCACUGGCAGCCUCGCUGUCGCGCACCUUGCAGCAGAUUGUCACCAGCACUAACUACCGAGGUCUCCCACGACGUGAACUGGCCGAGAAGUUGCGCUCCCGGAUCAGCACAGAAACGGGGCAGCGUCUGGUGGAGCGGCUGCGCUCUACACCCGGUGCAAUGGAUCCCGCUCUGGCCUCGUGUUUGUCCAUGCAAGUGGCAUUCCACCAUGCGGGCCUGACGAUGGAGGAGCGUGACCUACUGGAGUCAGCGUUUCGGGAAGGCACCAUCCGUGCCCUGGUGGCCACCACGACUCUUUCCUCCGGAGUGAAUCUUCCGGCUCGGCGGGUCAUUAUCCGGUCGGCCAACUUCCAGGGGCGACCCAUCGAUUCCCUCUCCUACCACCAGAUGGUGGGGCGAGCGGGGCGCAUGGGUCUCGACACACAGGGUGAAAGCAUUUUGAUGUGCCGCGAUGUGGACCGACCUCUGGCCCAGCGGCUGAGUCGUGCCGAAGCACAGCCCAUCACCUCCUGCCUGUCAGGAAGCAGCACCAGUCUGCGCAGGGCAUUGCUGGAGGUGGUGGCCAGUGGUGUGGCAAGCAAGCCAGAGGAACUUUGCCUCUACACGCAGUGCACUCUACGCCACCAGCUCAGCGCUGGUGGAGAAGCCAAAGAAGACCUCGAUCGGGCGCUUCAAUUUCUGGUUGAUCACCAGCUCGUUCACCUUCAGGGGGAAGAUGGGGACCUACGUUACUGCCCCAGCCAGCUGGGUCGGGCCGCUCUCGCCUCGGGCCUUUCACCUGAUGAUGCACUCGGCAUGGUGGCUGAAUUGGAGCGUGCUCGGCGCUGCCUGGCUCUUGACAGUGACUUGCACCUUGUUUAUCUGGUCACACCUGGACACCUUGGUGCACAGCUAGGCUCGUUAGACUGGGGCCGCUACCAGAGACUGUGGGAGCGCCUGUCCGCUGCCCAACGACGUGUUGCGGGCCUGGUGGGCGUCGACGAAGCAUGCGUGGCCCGGGCGGCCGCGGGCCGAGCCCCACCUCCCGGUCGCCUCCUGGACGGUUGUCGCCGUUUCUACCUGGCGCUUGCCCUGGAGCUGCUGGCUUCUGAACGACCCCUGGCAGAGGUGGCCCGCAUAUUCGCUUGCCCUCGUGGCCUGCUCCAGUCGCUGCAACAAGGGGCAGCUACCUUUGCUGGCAUGGUGUGUGUGCUGUGCCAGCGGCUGGGCUGGCGUCACCUGCAACUGCUGGUGUCCGAGUUCCAGGCACGGCUGCACUUUGGCGUCCAGCCCGAGCUAUGCCCGCUGCUGUCCCUGCCCAGCCUGGACGGCCCUCUGGCACGAGUGGUCUUUGAUGCAGGCUUUCUCGAUCCUGCGGCCCUUGCCCAGGUGGUGCCUGAGGAGCUUGACAUUAUCCUGCGUAACACAGGACCCUUCCAGGGAAGGGGUGAGUCCCGCUGUUGGCACUUGACGGCGCACGGCACAGUGACAACCACACAGUUGGCCAACAUCCUGGUGCGUGAGGCCAGGGCAGUGGUUGAGGGAUCCCUGGGUGUGGCUGUGGCUUGGGCCAACAAGGCCAAUGCAGCUGCCGGAUCGGCUGCAUCGAAGAACAGCCACACAGACAAUGGGGAUACUGAAAAUCUUCAAGAAAGAGAAACACGAAACAGCCACGGAGGCACUCACACCAUCAAUUCGUUGAGUAAUGGGCUACGGCAAGAUGCCUCAGGAAAUGAUGUCAGUACGUCAGCAAAGAAUUCUGUCUCACCAUUACGCCAACUUUCACCACCAGCAAGGGAAGCUUUCAUAUCUCAACGAGUUUCACGCACGAGAAAAAGUGACAGUGAUUCACCCAUUGUAUUUUCUUCUCCAAAACAAGCAGUUGCUUUCGAGUCUGAACAUAAAACGCACGAUGAUGCUUCCGAGACGCAGUCUUUGAUCCCAUGGUCGUCACUGCAACCGGGUGGAACCAUUGCUCAUCUUGAAUUGGAAGUGCACGAUUCGGAAGACGAAGAGCGCCUCACAUUGGACGGGCUUUUUGGUAGUUUACCUGUCGCGUCGCAGAGAUCGCCACUGGAAGCGAGGCAUGCCUGUGUGGACUCACCACAGUCGGCUAAGUCAUUCAUCGAGUCAAACCUGGACGACGCCAUUUUGUUGUGGGAGAAUAACAGCUCUCCGCUGUCUUUACCAACAACGGAGCGUGUCAGCAAGGAGGCGCAGUCACCUCCGGCUAUGACGCAGCCCAAUGUGGCUCCAUCACCGAAGGAUGACGACAUUUAUAUGCUGGGUGAAAGUCUUAUUGUCAACACACAGAUGCUGAAUGUAGAAAAAGAAAUUGUACCGACACCACCUAAAAACAGCCCACCUCGUAAAGCAAGAGUCCGAUCCCCAAAAGUUCAAUUGUCUGGCAAGAAGAGUAGCGCUCAGAAAACAAGUCGUACCACCCGCAGAACAUCGCCACUCACCACCUCCCCCAACAACAGAGUGUUGCGAUCGCAGACUUGGAGGUCUCGCCAGAAUGAGGAAAACGUUCGGCCGUCUGCACACCAUCAGGGUGCUUCAUUGAUGGCCGAGUCGUUUGGCAUAGGAAGCAGUUUUUUUCAAGCCACGGUUCCUAGGACUUCUAAGCUCAAGAGUCCACCAUUAACUCUGCAGAAAAGCAUGCGAGGUAACACGUCACCGUACAAGUGCACGAGCCAGACCGUGGGUUCUUCUCCCAGGAGAGAAUCUUACAGGUUUAGUGGCAGCUUUGUUCUUGACAGCCAGACUGUCAAAGCUAUGGACGGGGUCACGCUCUCCGAUGACAUUGCCGAGAAUGCCGCAGAUGAUGCACAAUGCUUCGAAAUUUCCAGUGGCAUGUUGGCACGACGACCAACCAGCCCCGCCCGUGAAAAACCACUGACGACAAACACCACUACUGUCGAGAUUUCUGCGGGCGUCUGCUCCCUCGGAAGCUCCGCACUGUCAGAACUUUUCAGUUCUCCAGGUAACGCUGUUGUCAAGUCGAACAGCAACAGCUCCUACAGUGAACGAAGCGAACACUCCUCGAAGUCUUCCAAAGGUCACAAGAGGAGUGCUUCCGAGGGCGAGCUGUUCUCUUCGACCGACGACAGCAGUGACCAUUCGCUGAACUCACUGGCCGACCGAGUGAGGGAAGAGUUCAGCUGGAAGCGCGUCGAGUCUGUGCGGGACUUCUUGUGCCAGUGGGAGAAGCAGAAAGAGUUUGCGAUGGCCCUCACUGUCAGGAGCCGUGUGGAAGUGCGGCCAUCGAUUGGGCCGACCAAGAGUGCGAGGCUUGUUUUCAAGUCCUGUGAGAACCCCUUUGCCUGUGACAACAAGUGUGUGACGGGUGUCGCCGUCUGUUGGGGGAAGUAUGAGGCGCAUUACCUGCCAUUAGAUGGCAUAUCACCCGCACAAAGGGACCAGCUUUCGCGUCUCCUGGUAGCUGCCAAACGAGUGGUCGUACCCGAUUUGUUGGAGGCCCUGCGUUUUCUGGCCAGGCCCUGCAGCCUCGACCCGUCUCGGCUUGGCUGGGAGGAUCCCCGACUUGCCCACUGGCUCCUGGACCCCAACCAGGGCGAGGCUAAGUUCAUCAACAUGGUAGACAGCUGGGCACCUCACCUUGAACCACUGCUUGAAGCUGUGAGCAACUAUGAUGAUGUCCUGGAGGAAGCUGCUGCCAGGCUGUCUGUUCUGGUGUUGCGCCUCCAGAGGCCUCUGGUGUCCGCCCUGAAGAGAGCCAACAUGUACUCCCUCUACAAAGAGCAAGAAGUGCGGCUGCUGGGCGUGCUGUCCAAAAUGGAUCUCAACGGCAUUGGCUACGAUCCUGUUCGUGCCCACCAGACGAUGAUGGCAGUGGACGAUGCCAUGGACACCCUGCAGAGGGAGGCCUGGGCACUGGCUAAGCGUCAGUUUACGCUCAGCUCUGCCCGACAAGUGGAAGCCACGAUGAAGACCCAGGUGGUACCACUUGUAAAAGGCCCCCUGCCCUCUGGUGCUUUGAGCAGUCGAGUGGCUCUGACUCAGUUGUCCAGUGUGCACCCACUGCCAGCCAAGAUCCUUGACUGGAAGAAGCUGAGAGGCGUUGUCGCUCUGAAUCUGCGCCCCCUGAGCCUACACCAGCGAAGCCUACAGUCGAGUGGCGGCAGACUGUCCCGAAUCCGGCCGUGGAGCCAACCAUGGACGUCCACAGGCCGGGUGAUGAUCACUGAACCCAACCUGCAGGGCAUCUUCAAAAGCUUCACAGUUUGCACCGACUCACCAGUUAGCAUCAGCGUUCGUGCUGCCUUCAAGCCUUUCCCAGGUGCGGUUCUGCUGACUGCCGACUAUUCCCAGUUGGAACUGCGUCUUCUUGCGCACCUCUCGCAAGACGAGCAGCUGUGUGGAGUGUUCCGUGCCGGUGGUGACGUUUUCCGCCGCAUGGCUGCCCUCUGGAGUCACUGUGAAGAGGAUGUUGUGGAUGCUUCUCUGCGGCAAAAGACAAAGCAGGCACGUCACUACUUCCUGGAGGGGGUUGACGCACUCUCAAAGUGGGUGGAGGUUAUACCUGUCACCACUCGGUCAGCAGGUGUGACCAUUGCAGCACUGCGGCAGAUCUUUGCAGCCCAGGGGCUGCCGGACAUCAUAGUCUCCGAUAAUGGGCCCGCUUUCGCCAGCGCAUAUGUCGACUUGAAGGGCCGCGGCGUCAACGACAACUUUAACAGCGACAAUGAUGAUGACGAGAGACUGCUGGAGCCGUUCAAGUCGUACCUGAUCUGCUAUGGCAUCACCUAUGGCCAAGGUGCCCGCUCGCUUGCCCAACAACUUGGAAUGGAGCACUCGGAGGCAGAGGCUAUGAUUGCCCAGUUCCGACAGGCCUUUCCUGGCUUGCAGCGAUAUGCCGACAGACUUUUGGAGCGCGCCCGUGUCACAAACGAGGUGUGCACGUUGCUGGGUAGGAGGCGCCCCCUGGCAGACUUGCACAGUGGCAGCAACAGGGAUAGGGCCAAGGCCGAGCGUCAAGUGCUGAGCACGGCUGUGCAGGGCUCAGCCGCAGACCUGCUCCGAAGAGCACUCAUCUCACUUGAUGAUGCCCUCGCACAACGCUUUCCCGACUCAAAGGGUCUGCUACCAGAGGAGCCACCUUUGCAUGGUGCUUUCUUGGUCCUUCAAAUGCACGACGAGCUUCUGCUCGAGGUGUGUGAAGCCGAUCUCAGCACUGUGUCCGGCAUGGUGCGCAAGUCCAUGGAGGAGGCGGCCGAGCUUUCCGUUCCUCUUGUGGUGCGGCUUCGUGCUGGGCCCAACUGGGCUCACCUCGAUGAACUGGAGUGAGGUCCACGACCAAUGGCAGAUCAGACUGGCUUGUUCAAAUUAUUGCUGCUUGUGGCCUCUAGAAUACUGACGUUGCUGCAAUUACUGUCAGGCAGCACAUGGCCAAUGCUGUUCUUCAAAUUGUGUGACUAAUUUAUUUAAUUUUGCUCCCCAAUGUCUGUGUUGGCUGUGUAUACCGUGACGUGAAGCAUUCAUUGGUGAAGCAAUCCUCGCAAUCCAUAGACAUAUUAUAUCUUUAUUGCGUACUGCAAAAAAAAAGAGUCCAUGCAAUAUUUUUUUACAGAAAGCUGUUCAUUAAUGCAUGCAGGCGACGUACUUGAUGUUCUUGUCUACACCAUCGCUGCCACUGCUACUUGCUUCAAUGCCAGCUCUCAACCACCUCUUUGUCGUGGCCACUUUUAAAGCUGAGGUCGGCUGAUUUGCCUGUGUUGGAAUGUUGAAUGAUCUAAGACUACCUGAAAGUUUAAUUACCUGAAACACCCGUGAUAGCCCAUUUGAGACAAGGUAUUCAUACUAAAAUAGUGGCAUUAUAACCAUCAUCAUUAUCAUCAUCACAUCAUUUCACGAAUUUCUAUUCACCAUUGAGCAUCCUGCAAUGCGUCACCACCUAGAUGAACCAAUAAUCUGGCUCAAGUUAUCACUUUGUACAUUUGAAUGCAGUGUCAAAUCACUGAUGAAAUAAUGAAUAUAUACAUAAUUUUAUUUCAAGCAAUGGCCAGAGGCUAGAUGACAAUGUAGCUAAGUUGUUGCUGGGCACACAUUUUUACAGGUUACUUUCUGAAAAAGAUAUGAAAUCAAAGCUGUUCUUACUGUAAAAAAGUUGUGUUUCUGGGCAUGUUUUCUGUGCUACAUUGUAUGCAUUCUACUCGCAGCACAGCAUAUUUAUUGCACUUGUAAUUUAGGUGCUACUAUAACUUUAAUUGCAUUAGUUUCAAAUGUAAUAAUCUCAUUUUACAUUUCUGUGUUGAUUAUGUCACGCAUAAAAUUAAUUUUUGAAGAUGAUGGUCAUGAUAAAGAAUGAAAUCUUUACUGUAAUUUAUCUUAUCUUUGCCAUAUUUAGGAUAUUUUAGAGUUGUUUUGAGUUGCAUCUUUUUGGUGCUAUUUUGAAAGUGAGACAAUAGGAUUGGGCGUGCUGGUAUAACAUGAUAAAGAAUGCUUAACAGCGCAAACGAAGGUGCUCUGUCAAUGCUCUGUCUCGUCUCUUCUAUUCCCUCUUGUCGUUUGCGCUGUUAAGCACUCUUUAAAAGUGAGACAUAACUUCAAGAUUUAUUACAUUAUACAAUCUCUUGCAAUGCAUUUUCUUUUAUGUUGGCAAAAAAGUUUAAUCAAUUAAUGUAAAUUCUUUCGCUGUGCGGUUUGUUUAAGUUUUAAAGCAUAUUUUUAUAUCUAGGUAGCAUUUUUAAACCCUUCAAGUGUGACCUAUAAGUACUGUGCUUACUUGAAUGUUAGGCGAGUUUUCUUUCCAUAUUUUCGCUACCUAAAGUUGACCGGUGAAUUAUAUUAGAAUACCAAAAGAACUAUCUUUUUGGACACAAUCAAAAUUCAACCUUCGCAUUAGAAUUGGGGUUGCAUUACAGUUGAGUAUAUGGGGUAACUGCCUGUAAAUGCAUCACAUUUACAAAACAUGUCAUUUGUAAGUUUCAUUGUAAUUAGUCUUUAAAUAAAUUUUACUUUAAUUGGUAUUUAUGCAGUAAUGAUUCAAAUUUUGUUUUCUGGAAAUUUCAAGCUGGAAAUGGGCUGUAAGUUCAUUUUCACCUAUAUUCAGUUCGAGCAAAAAAAAGGUCAUUUUUUAUUUGGCUUGCUGAAAGUGGCACAUUGAAUGCGUCACACCGCAAUGUAGUGCCUUCAGCAAAGUGAAAUCUGAAACAGUGUGCUUCUAAAUGAAGUUCAAUCAAAAUAGAUUUAUUACCCACGAGGUUCACUUUCAUUUCAGCGUCUAUGCAUCUACCUGCUCUGUCUGAGUUACUGGUCGACACAAUCAGCCAAUAAAAGUUGUGUACAUGAGUCUGUACGUAGCACUUCAAUGAUUUAAUGCCGAAUGAAUGUGUUCAGAAGUUAUCACAUUUGUAACUCUGUUUACUGAAGUUUUUUUAUUAACAUGAACCGGUAAUACUCUGUUGCCUGUGCUCUAUUCAGUUUUAUUUGCUGUUUAUUUUGCUUUGCCUGCUCCCUGUUAUUGAUUCUCGCAAAGCAUUAUCGUGAGUCUUUGUAGAGUUUCCAGCUGAAGUUUCUGUCAAGAAUUAUGGUUCAUAAUGUAAAAUGUUAAAUAUAUUCAAAUGUAUAUUUUCUCAAAAUAAUAAAUUUUACUGGUAAUAUUGUUUUUUAUACCCCAGAUUCCU